CACACUGAGUCUCCAUUAAAACUAUGGCUUCAAUCAUAUAAAAUCACAUAUAUUUUCAUAUUCAAUACAUUCAAUGCAUUUCGACUCAUGGAUGCGAUUCUGAUCGCCUGAACAUUAUUACCUGACAUUCAGUACAUAUUUGAGUGAAACUUUAGUUUGGGUUUGAUAUGACUGUAAUCGGUUACUACACGUUCAGUGCAUUCAAUCAUAUUUGCUGCUAAUAUCAGUCACAGUCAACUAUAACUGUAUCCAUUUGCCACACCCUUUAAACCCCGACUAUAUAUCCAUAUAUUAUACGUGAAUAUCACUUAAUAUUCACAAUAAAUAUUAUACAAAACUAACCCAAACUAUGGAGCUCUAUAUGGUUUGCGUUUUGAUCGCUAUAGCGAUGUCAAUGAUUAUCAUAAAAGGCAUUCAGUGUGUAAUGUCUGUCACUCAUCCACUGCCCGAUAAAGAGCUCCAAUGGAGACGAUCUCCUCAUUUGCCAUCACAAGAGUUACGUACCGUUAAGUCCAAGAGUAAGAAGUCUAAGAACCAGUGGAAGAAGAGACAGGAGAAGAUGCCUUUGGCUCACGCGGAGAUACCACUCGAAAGUGUUUUCAUUGAAGAGGAGUCGACUGGGAUUACGAUUGAAAGGCAUUCCGAUAGAGGAGAGAGAGUGGAGAGGAUGGAGAGGGGAGAACGGGUCGAGAGAGGGGACAGUCGAGCGACGAUGGUUUGA